AGAAAAACGAUGUUCCCCCAAAAUUUCAUGUUAACCCCUCAGAAAUAUCAGAAUUUGAAAUUACUGCCUCUGUUCUAACUUUUUCUCACAAAAAUAAAAAUGGGCAGCUGUAGUACAGACACUGAUACACCCAAGUCCCACAACCAUUUUUCACGCAACUGUUGUUGUUGUUGUUGCACUAAACCCUAAGUCAAUUUUCAGAAACCCUUCAAACCCAAACCUCAUUUUCUUCGUAUUCGAAGCCCUAUAAUCAUGCCCAGUUUCCGCGAUUAGGGUUUUGUAGUGUUAAAUUUUCGCCCCCAAAAAAAAAAUGUCGUCUGAAGACAUGGGUUUGGUUCCGUCACAGAGACUCGAGAACGGGCUCAACUCCCACCUGGUGUUCCAAGAAGACCCCAUGCGGUUCAACUGCGGAUCCCCGACUCAGAGGCGGGUCGGAGACCCGGGUCCGAAAACCAGGGAUCUCAGUGGCUUCAUUGACGAAAGGUUUUUCGCGCCUCAGGGUGCGGACUUCCGGCGGAACAUGUAUGGUGAUGGGCAGGACCGGCGGGAGGCACCGGAGGCACGAAAUUGGAAUGGGAAUGGAACAACGACGACGCCGAGCGUCGAUGGAUCGGACGAGGAUGAUGAUGACGACGACGAAGAAGACGAUGUCGACGACGAUGAUGAGGUUGAUGACGGGGUUGAGGGGCUUGUGGGCGCGGAUGAUAACCUUGACAAGGGUAAUUCCAGUAAUAACGUGGGUAACGGGGAAAACAAAAUGGGAAAUGGGAAAGCGAAGCAUCAGCACCAUUCUCCUUUUGGUGUGAAUAUGAUGGUAGGAUCAAGUAGAGAUGUAAUAGUGAAAGAGGGUGGCAUUGUGCAUCAAACUGUGAGUGGCAACACCAAGGCCAGUCCGAGUGAGAAUCACCAUCACCAUCAUCAUCAUCAGCAAGGUAGAGUUGGGAAUUAUCAGAAUGUGGUCACGGUGGCGGAACCUGAUGGUGAUGGAUAUUAUUCUCAGUAUUUUCAGGGCCCUGAAGGGUCUGCCUCCGGGCAAAAAGAUUCGGCCGUUGAAAAUGGUUGUGGAUUUAGUGGAAGAAAAGAUGUUUUGUAUUCGAAUGAGUCAGGGGAAUCUUUGAGGACGAUUUUAUCAGACCCUGUAACGGGAGCUCUUAUGGAUGACGCGAUGAUAUUGCCUUGUGGACAUUCUUUUGGAGAUGGUGGAAUACAGCAUGUUCUUAGACUUAAAGCUUGCUAUACAUGUUCUCAUUCAAUUUCUGAAGCCUCGAUUUCUCCAAAUCUCUCUCUUAGAGCUGCUGUGCAGGCAUUCCGCCGGGAAGAAGAAUUACAAUUUCAUCGCUCAUCCAAAAGGAGAAGGGAAAGGUUUGAACAGGACAAGGGUGUUUAUGGCGACUCUACUCUCAUGGAUCUACCAAGAGGCAGAGGUGUGCAGUUUCCAUUUGCUGUAACAGACCGAGUCAUCAUAAAGGGGAACAAGAGGACACCACAGCGCUUUGUGGGACGUGAGGCUGUUGUAACAACACAAUGCUUAAAUGGAUGGUACGUGGUAAAAACAUUGGACAAUGCAGAGAGUGUGAAAUUACAAUAUCGCUCGUUAGCUAAGGUUCCAGAGGAUCCCGUACAGAAGCCCAUGUCAAGCAAGAUGGCACCUAACUGGCUCUAGACCUACAGCAAAUUACAAUAUGGUAAAGAUUAGUGUCUUCAUUCACACUCAGCUGCAAAUCUGCCAUGUUUAAGUUGCUCUUACUAACUGUAUUUGUAAUAGGUUCCUAUUUUUCCUGUUGUAUUUCUCACAAAGCAAACAGGGUGUGAUGUCCAAGGCCUUGUAAAUUAUAGAAGCCUUGUCAUAGCUGCUUUGAAGGAACCUAGAAUGAGAAUUAGAUAGGAAGAAAAUUUGUAAUCUGUUCUGUUUUGAAACAUUCGAGCAGCAUUGUAUUUGAGUAUAGCUCGUGUAAAAAUUGCAAAGCUUAUGUAAUCAUUUUUUGGUUUAUACGAUCCAGUGGCCGGUGAUGUAUCUGCCCUUUCCUCCAA